ACUUAUCCUUAGCAAAGGAAUCGACUCUAGUAUCCAAAGAAGGAAUACUAGAGGAUAACCUUGCAACUCAAAUUUGGAUUUAUUCUCCAAAUGAUUCGCGACAGCGUUUUGAAUUGACUUCAGGAGCACAAUGUAAGCCUCUUUUCCCCAUGGAUAUGUCAUAUCCUGUGCAUUUUUCGCAUAUUCCAAAGGAAAACUCCCUCCUUUGCUCUUCCGCAAUAAUAUGCUCUCUACCAGGAUGAGCAUUGCGAGGCAUAUUCUCUCCUCAGAAGCAUCUUCUCUUGUGUUUCUGAGCUGGUCCACCACGUCACUUAACUUAUGACUACGCCCCUUUAGCAAUUCCCAAUUAAAUCUCUCGGUUUCCCUUCGUGGUCCUUCUAAUGCACCACUACAUUUCAAGCCUGUCAUCAUAUGAAAUUCUCUUAUAGAGAACCUCAUUGGCUGCGCACCGAAAUGGAACCAGGCUUCAUUCUCCUUGACAGAAACGAUGCUUCUAGUGAGAAUGGCGUAGACUAUCUUUGCUGAUAACUUCAAUCCUCUCUCACUGAGCUUCAUUACAGGUCCCAGAAAUGAUCCUCGGACUCUUAUCAUCUCAUCUGGUUUUAGGAUGCUUUUGACAAUAGAGAUAUAAUCUGAACCAGAGUAUUGGUUGAUUGCUGACUUUUCCUUUGGCUGUGAACCAAUAGGAUACUUCAGCCUGGCAGUGCUAGUUUUAGAGGUACUGAAUCUCCCAUCUUGUUUCUAUCCUGCGUAGACAAGAAAAAAAAAAUCCAAUUUUCAGGAAGGGUUUCCUGAAACAAUACAAAUACAAAACAACACAAAAGUCUUCAUUUGCUUCGCUUGUUAAUAAGAACGAGUAACACACAAAUCAAAAUCAAAACGCAAGCUUCCCAAAUUUUAAUUCAAAAACCCUAAUUUUAAAAAGUUACCGAUUUUGAGAGUAGAGAGUGUGACGCUGAUGAUUAGAUAGCCGGAGAAGAUGAUUAUCGAGCCGGAGAAGAUGAUUAGCGAGCCGGAGAAGAUGAUUAGCGAGCCGGAGAAGACGAUUAGCGAGCCGGAGAAGAUGAUUCCCGAGCCGGAGACUUCGAUUCCCGAGUCGGAGAAGAUGAUUCCCGAGCCGGAGACGACGAUUCCCGAGUCGGAGAAGAUGAUUCCCGAGCCGGAGACGACGAUUCCCGAGUCGGAGACGACAGUGCCGGUGAGGGUUUGAAGAUUCCCGAGAGGAGACGACACGAUUCGCGAUCGAAUGAAAUGAAAUGUUUUUUUUUUCUAUUCUUAUAACAAAGGGUAUAAAGGUAAAUUACCCCUUUAAUGAAACCUAUUUUUGUGACUUCUGAUCCUGAGUGCUAGUUUGGGGAGGAAAACUUCAAAAGGUGCUAUUAUUGACAAUUGCCCGUUAAUAAAAUAUGCAUUGAAAAUGCAAAAACUAUAUCUUUUUGAAACAAAAAAAAAAUUUUAUGUAAUUUUAUGAAACGGAAGGAGUAAUAAUUAAAAUAAUUUUAAAUGUAUAUUUUUGGUAAUAAAUGCAUAUUUGGGAUUCAAAUGGGGAAACCCGGUUCAAACUUAACCAGCUAGGGUUCGUCGUUUACAAGCGGAGGUAUACACUAAUACACAUGUUUGUAUAUAAAGGUCCAAAUCUAUAAAAGGAGAUAGAGUGGCUGAGUAUCCGGGAAACACAUAACUUAAGUAGAGAGAUAGAGAGAUACCAAAGGGUCCACGAAAGACCCGUGCUCAGCUUUGAUUCUCUCAAUCUCUUCGGUUUCAUUUAAUUUUUUUAUAAUCAUUUUUUCUUGUGCGACUUGGAUCAAUCUCAUCGAUCUGAAAGAAUGAAGCGUGAGUAUUUGGAUUACAUAUUGGUACCAUUAGGGAUGGGUUUGAUGAUAUUCUAUCAUCUGUGGCUUCUCCACCGUAUCAUUCAUCGCCCAUCUUCCACUGUCGUUGGCCUCAACGCCUUCAAUCGCCGCCUCUGGGUCCAAGCCAUGAUGGAGGACGCAUCUAAAAAUGGUGUUCUAGCGGUUCAAACGCCACGGAACAACAUAAUGGCGUCAACACUAUUGGCAUCAACCGCAAUAAUGCUGUGUUCACUAAUCGCGGUACUAAUGACUAGCGGUACAGGGGAACGAUCGGUAUGGUUUGUGUUUGGAGACAAAAGCGACCAAGCUUUCUCCAUUAAGUUUUUCGCAAUCCUUGUUUGCUUCUUAGUCGCGUUUCUUCUAAACGUCCAAUCAAUCCGUUAUUACAGCCAUGCAAGCAUCCUCAUCAAUGUCCCUUUUAAACAGCUCAUGGCUGUUUCUUCGGGUGGUCAUAGUCUUAUGAUAAACCAAGACUAUGUGGCUGCAACAGUUAACCGUGGGAGCUACUUCUGGUCGUUAGGACUAAGAGCGUUCUACUUCUCAUCGCCUUUGUUCCUAUGGAUCUUUGGUCCCAUCCCGAUGUUCAUUACUUGUUGCGUUCUUGUUUCGUUGUUGUACUUUCUUGAUUUAACAUUUGACUCGAUGGCUUGUAGCGUUGAGGUUGCAGAUGUGGAGGAGACUGAGAUUAGAAGCUUAGCUGAAAAUGUGUAGUAAGUGGUUGAGAGAUUGAGGAGAGUUCUGUUUACUAGAACUGAUCUUAUGACUUAUGAGUUGUAUCGAUUCAGGUUCAAUGGUUGUUGAACCGUGUUGCUUAUUGAAUAAAAAUUUGUCAUUUCCAAGCUUUUCUGAUAUGAACUAUAUUAUCUAAUAUACCUUAUGUUUUAUAUUUGUUUCUUUGACAUCAUAUCUAAUAGUUUUUUUUUUUG